AGAUCGAUGCCGCCGGUCGUUGCGAGCGAUGAAAACACAAUACUUGCCGACAAUUUCCUGCAGCCGCAACUCGUCGGUAUGGUUCGCUUCUAGGGCGUACACGUUUGACACUCUUUCAUCUGUCUGGAUUCCGGAAGCUGCCAGUGCCGUCGAUACGAAGACGGUGCGUUCGUAUGGAGCAAGCAAAGCGCCAAACAAGACCACCAAUCGAGACAACGGUGUCAUUAGAGCGGAGAGAAAUCAAGGCUUUCACGCUUUACACUUUACGCGCCAUCUAACGAGGGGCUUUGUGUUGCAAGGGCAGUGCGAUUCGCAAGAGCAGUUGGGGCGAGAUCUACCAGCAUUGCGGAGCUCGACAGUUCCUCCAGAAGUUAGGCUGGCGAAAGGGACUGCGGUGGCCAUGUCACUAACUGAAGAACCUGAAAUCAGAUGUAUUCAAUCAAGAGAGACAGAUCACAUGAAUCAAACAAUUAAGAAUGGAAACGACGUGGAUGGCAGCUAUCGUAUAAGUACUGAUAGUGAUGAUCAGAUUGGUGGCUUGAAAGUCGGUUUGGUAGCAUCUGCUCAAUGUCUAGAGCUCUCAACAGGAGACAUACCGUGCUGGGCGGCAAGGCUGCCUUUUGUUCACCCAUUACACCAACUCAUACAGCGUGGAUGCCUUGGGAUUCAGUGUGUUCCCUCCAAACUAAGCAAAUUGGAAGGUCUGAGAGGCUCCAUAAGCAAAUUAAAAUCUAGAACGUCAGAUAGAGCUUUAGUGCCACAUUCCAUGUCACAUUCUACAGAAGACGACAACAAAAGGGAUUGCAAAUUGAAAGGUAGUCAGAGCUCGAGCUCAAGUAGUCUAACGGAAUGCCAAGGAUCUGGCAGCAAAGUGUCAUGUCAGGAGUCACCGUCGAGCUCCAAAACACCAUAUGUAAUGAGAAGGGAACAGCAGCAAUUUAGAAACACAAAGAAGGUGAGCUCGGGAAUGGAUCCUCGCACAGCAGUUACUGUUGGGAGAGUGACUUUAGAGAAGCGACAACCAUCAGUGCAUAGAGCAGUGCAGCAACAGUACAGGUAUCCAACAGGGAGAGGCAUGACAUCACUGAAGGUUCGCAGGCAGACGUACCUAGACCCUGUUGCCGGUUGCAGCAAACAAUUUGCUCGUCGGCUUGCCGAGCUGGCACGGGCAGAAACAGAAACAAUUCACUGGGAAAUGACAAGAAAGAAUAAAAAGAAAACGGUCGCGGGAUGACAAACAAAUGUCUUGGUAUGUCUAUUGAAUUUAAAU